AUGUUGACAUCAAAUAAGGAUUCAGAACCUGUUGGAUUGAACAACAUUUCAGCUCAACUCAACACGACUCAAGCAAGCCUUGAAUCAAAUUUAGAAUAUUUAUCACUGGAGGCAUUGAGAGUUGUCUGUAAAGGAAUAGGCAUAUUGGAUUUGGGACCGAAAAAGGAAGUUGUGGCUAGGUUGGCAAGGAAAAGUAGGGUUCGGUUGGGUCUGAAAGUAUCUGUUGGUGAUUCUGAGCUGUCCGAAAAGGAGAAAAGUAUUCAGCUGCAGUUUCUUCUAAAUCGGGUUGAAGGUUUUCUGGAGGAACUGGAUGUUUUUCAGAGGGCUGGUGAUAGGAUUUGGCUCAAACCAGGUUUAAAAGGGCUCCAAGUUGGGACAUUGUUGAACAAGGCCUUGGUCUCUGGAGACAUAGCCUUUGUUCGUCUAGCGAGACAUAUCAUUUUGAAAAGAAUAUAUGUUGUGAGGGUGGCCGAUGAGGAUGUUUGGGCUGUUGUGUCUAAAAUAGUUUCAGCAGAUACUUCAGAUCCAAUAUCGGAGCUAUUAGGAGGAAAAUGUGAGAGGGCUAGAUUAGUGGCACAGCAUUUUACGAAGCCCAAGAAGUGUUCCUAUAACACAAUUUGCACCAGUAUAGCCUUACGUGCAGCAAGCAGAAUUCGGUCAACAAGUCUUGAACCAACUGAUGAUUCUACAAGAUCAGUUUGGAGGUCUCAUGUCUUUUCCAUCUUAGUCAGACCAGGCUGGCCCCAGUUGCUACAAGGCAGUAUACAACAAUUGCAACACUUUGGCCCAAAUAUUGGUGUAUUGUCUCCAAUAUGGCAACAGUUGUACUCUUCUUUGCCUGUUUGGUUCAAAAAGGAUGAUAAAAAUAAGGACCCAAGGGAAAGGAUAUUGUUUGUUACUUGUGCAAAGAAAAAGGUCAUUUUGCUAAUAAGUGUAGUUCUAGAAAAUAUCUGGGGAAUAGAUAGCUGGGAGGAUUUACAGUUGUGCAGCAGUAAAUUAUUGAGAGAAUGUGAUUCGACCUUCUCAGAUGAUAUUGAAAUAGUUAAAGGAAGGAGUCUCUCUGUUUUCAAGAAAUUUAGUAUGCUUGGCGGCCAGCCCAGACCCAAAGUCCUAUCAUUUUACAAGAGAGAAGAAGUGUUGGUUAAAAAAGAAGUUGGAGAGGUUAGAAGUGUUGGAGGCAAUAGUAAAAAUUUGCAAGAGAAAUUCUCGACUAGCAAGUCUUCUGGAAGUAAGCCUAGUGUUCUUGAUUUUGAAACAAGGCCCUCAAAGGGUCUAGGUGGUCUUUUGCAUAUGAUCGAAAAAGAGGCUAUUGGGCUUCAUUGUGACAGAGAUAUGGUUCUAGUACAGGAUUUUGCCAUUCGGCCUGAGUCAAACCCUCUGGGUGUUUUCAAAUCUACCAACAAGGGAAGCAUUAUUAAAGAUAAGGAAAAAGGCUAUAAAAUUUUGCAGAAUGAUAGUAGACACUUUAAACAGUGUGGUAGUGGCAUCAGAGAAAAAGGUAUUUUCGAUGAUAGCUGCAUUAA